CCGAUCGUCGAUCAUACCAUCUCGCUCGCCGCAUCUGUGGGUCGUCGUCCUUCCUUCUGGCAUGGCCGAUGGCGAUGGGAAUCUCGCCUUGCUUGCAUCUAUUCUGGAGCCCAGCGUCUUCCCGAUCUCUCAGCUGUCAAAGGCGUUGAAGAGAUCAAAGGGUGAUGUCGGGCGAGCGGCAGAGGACUUAUUGCUCGAGUCGAGCGACACGACUGGUAGUGGACCAAGCCAAACGGAUCGGCGUCUUUCAAAGAGUAGAGGAGUCAAUACCACCCAUGCGACGCUCAGCUCUUGGCUGUGCAAGCGAAAGGAGCCCGAUGCAGAAUCUACCCACAACCGCUCUCAGGAUCUGCCAGCCGACGAUGUAGAGCAUACAAGGAAAAAAUCGAGGUCGGUUGACGGCGUGUCUCAGUCGCCUGCCAAACCUGCUGUGGUGGAUCUGCUCAAGAUACUACGCCAGCCUGCGACGAAUCUUCAACUUCGCAAUGCACCACAACGGGCUGUUCACCUGGCGACCCAAUCCUCUAUCGAUCGGCAUAAUCUACCGCUUUCCUUCCUCCCUUCGCCGUUAUCUGCCUCCCUUGCCUCGGCCCUUUACUUGACCAUGAUGAAGGAAUCAGAAAGCUGGGAUCGACAUCGGUGGUAUCUUGCAGGCAGAUGGGUCGAGAGUCCGCAUCUGAUGACGGGGUAUCAGAGGCGAGCGGCGGGGGAUGACAGUGGUCACGCGAGUGAGGGGAGCGCCGUCGAGCUCCAGAGCGAGAGCUACAAGGGUGUACAGCAGGAUACUACAAAUGGAUCACUGAAAGUGGGAGUGGAAUUGACCAACCCUGAAAGUGGUCCACAUGAUGGACAAUACUUCUACACUGGUUCAGAACUACCAACGGACAAACCAUAUCCUCCUCUUCUAGCUCACGCCGCAGACCUCAUCGAAGAGCUCGUCAAUGUCCAUCUUGCCUCUCGGCCAAGGUACCCAUGGGAGUACGCCGGACCAUGGUGUGCCAAUCGCUGUGGGAGUAAUCGAUACGAUGGAUCAGCGUCGACAGUCGGAUGGCACGCCGACUCGUUGACUUACCUUGGACCAUACUGUACAAUUGCGAGUUUGAGUCUAGGUACACCGAGAGCUUUCAGGCUCCGAGAGACCAAAGCUGUGGAUGCGAGUCUGGCUCAAUUGUCUAGCAAAUCCACGUCGGGGGAAGACAAACGUGCAGAGGGGCAGAAGGACAUUCGAACCUAUGAAGUAACUUUGGGGCAUAACUCGUUGAUCUUGAUGGAUCCAGGAUGUCAGGAACGAUUCAAGCAUACUGUACCACCCCAGAAGGCCCUUGAUAUCUUUCGGCCAACAUUCGACCUGGAUCAGAAUCCAAUUCCCGUGGCUGAGCAGCGAGGCUACACCAGCCGAAUCAACAUCACUUUUCGCUUCUAUCGACCCGACUUUCAGCCGUUCGCAGGCGAGGGGCCCUUUGGCAAAAGAGAAGGCACACCGCUGUGCAAGUGUGGCGUUCCGGCUCUUCUCAAAGCUGACCAGAAAGCCAAAGUCAGGACUGGGUUGCGAAACUCGCCACGGAAACGGAUAGCGCUGGAAAGAUCAGCAGAUGCCUCGCCCAGUAAGCGGAUCAAGAUGGAUGAGGAGGUGGCGGUCAGUGACAGUGCGGACGGCCCUGCGGAUGCCGACCUGAAAGGCGAAAGCACCGAAGUCCCGUCGCCCUCGAUCGUUGACGACGACAUGGUGUUCUUCUGGCAGUGCCAGACCCCUGGCCAGACUGGUGAUCUCAAAGGUUGCGGGUUUUUCAAGAUUCUCGAUAUGCGAAGUGAAGGCCGGGGUCCAUGUAUCAUUGACGGGAUCAUGCCAUAGAUAGCCUGGACCCAUGGCCUUAAGCCACUGUACACAUACAUGUAGCCAUUACAAG